CUACACUUGGAAUAUUGCAUCCAGUUUUGGUCACCAUGAUACAGAAAAGAUAUUGAGACUCUCGAGAGAGUUCAAAGAAGAGCAACGAAGAUGAUUAGGGGAUUGGAGGCUAAAACAUACAAAGAAAGAUUGCAGGAUCUGGAUCUGUCUAACACAGAAAACGAUUCAGGGUGACAUGAUAGCAAUCUAUUUGGAGGCUGACAAAGAAAAGGGGGUUGGCCUAUUCUCCAAAGCGCCUGAGAACAGGAGAAGUAACAGAUGGAAACUUACCAAAAAGAGAUCCAACCUUUUUGAGGUUUAAGGAGAAAUUUCCUGUCAGUGAGAACAAUCAGUAGUAUGCCUUGCCUCCAGAAGUUGUCAGUAUUCCAUCAGUGGAGAUUUUUAAGAGGAUAUUGGACAGCCGUUUGUCCAGAAUGGUAUAGUAUCUCCUGCUUGGAGAGUUGGUCCCUUCCAAUUCUUAUUCUUUAAUGCUGUUAGAACCUCAUGAGCAUGUAGCUAAUCUUGAGAAGGUAAUUAGUGUCACAUUUCACUAGGGUCAGUUGCAAAGGUAGAUUGCAAACAUCUUAGGUAGAUAUGGGACAAGCAUGUUUUUCCACCUCCUAUCAGGAGAUGGCGAUCAUGAAAGCAACAUCUGUGCCUAGAAAGCCAACAAUACAGUAGCCACAUCUGUGGUUGAGUUUAAAGGAGUUAAAACCAUCAAGUUACUUUUAUUGCUAGAAAGGAUAGGAGGAGCCGAGAACCUCAAAGGAAUUUCCUCUUCCUGCUCACCGUGGGAGGAGGGUGAUGUGCAGGAGGAUGGCUUUUGUGCUCUUCCAAGGGUCAAAGCAGCAUCUGGAAGACAAAGAAGAUGGCAAUAAGAGCAUUCUGUCCAACUGAGAAUAGCAAGCAAUGUUGAAAAGGAAAGCAGUUAUUUUCCAUUUCCUUCAGAAAACCACAUAAUUCUUCUCCUGCCCCAAAAGCUGAGAGACAAAGGAUAGAAAAUCAACAAGAAGAGUUUUUUGAGCUGGAAUAAGUAAUUUAUGCAGAAUUUAAGGAUACAAUAUACAAAAAGAUCACAGGAGAUUAUUUUUCCAUUUAGAAAAAGAGGGAAAUAUCUGGAAGUCAGUGUGAAGUAAAAGGUUAAUUGGAUGGUCACAUAGGGCAGUCACAAUGCAGGCUUCACCCUGUGAGGAAGAAAAUACUUUGAAUCAAAGUUCCAUCCAACAAGGAUCGCACCUAUUUUUGACCUCUUCAAUAUCAGUGGCGGAAAAGCUUCAUAGAUCUGCCUAUUGUGAGAAAGGAACAGAUUGCAAGUCACAGCUGAUUAUGGACAACAUGAUCCACAUUGGAGAAAAGCCAUAUAAAUAUUCUGAAUGUGGUAAAAACUUUAGUCAGAGCUGCUCCCUUGUGGUUGAUGGAAGGACCCACACAGAACAGAAGCCUUACAUAUUUUCCCAAUGUGAUGAAAGCUUUGGCAUGCACAGCAACUUGGUAAUACAUCAGAGGACUCACAAUAAGGAGAAAUCACAUGACUGUCCUGAUUGUGGGAAGAGUUUCAUUGGAAAUUCCCACCUCAUGAGACAUCUGAGGACUCACACAGGAGAGAAACCCUUUGAGUGUCCCGAUUGUGGGAAAAGUUUCAGUCAGAAUUCCACCCUGGUGAAACACCAGAGGACUCACACAGGAGAGAAGCUCUUUGAAUGUCCUGACUGUGGGAAAAGUUUCAGUCAGAAUUUCAACCUGGUGAUACACCAGAGGACUCACACAGGAGAGAAACCCUUUGAAUGUCCUGACUGUGGGAAAAGUUUCAGUCAGAAUUCCAACCUGGUGAUACACCAGAGGACUCACACAGGGGAGAAAUUGUAUGACUGUCCUGAUUGUGGGAAGAGUUUCAUUACAAAUUCCCACCUGGUGAUACAUCAAAGGACUCACACAGGAGAGAAACCCUUUGAGUGUCCUAUUUGUGGGAAGAGUUUCAGUCAGAAUUACAGCCUGGUGAUACACCAGAGGACCCACACAGGAGAGAAACCCUUUGAAUGUCCUGAUUGUGGGAAGAGUUUUAGUCAGAAUUCACACUUGGUGAUACACCAGAGGAUUCACACAGGAGAGAAACCAUAUGAGUGUCCAGAGUGUGGGAAAAGUUUCAGUCGGAAUUCCAGCCUUGUGGUACACCAGAGGAUACAUACAGGAGAGAAACCGUAUGAGUGUCCCGAUUGUGGGAAAGAUUUUAGUAGUAGGUCUAGUCUUCUAAGUCAUGUAGGUUUACACACAGGGGAGAAACCUUUCAAAUGUCCAGUCUGUGGACGGUACUUCAUGCGUAAAUCAUCUCUUAUUGCACACAAGGAAAUCCACACAAGGCAAAAAUUGAUGAAUUUAGAGAAGGCUUGAAUUUCAUUUCUAAUCUCUCAUUGGGAUUGUAGAUGAGAAAUUGACUACCUGUAAUCUUCUACUUACAAUCAUAAUUGAGCCUGAAAGUUACGUUGCUGUGUGAUAAAUUUUUUAAUAGAAUAGAAUAGAAUAGAAUUCUUUAUAGAAUCUCAUAUUUUAAAUGAGUUUUGCCCCCUUUUACGACUUUCCAUGCCACAUUUGUUUAGGUGAAUCAAUGCAGUUGUUAAAUGAGCAACAUGGUUGUUAAGUGAAUCUGAUUUCCCCAUUGACUUUGUUUGUCAGGUUGCAACAGGUGAUCCCAUGACUCUGGGAAGUGCAACCAUUAUAAAUGUCAGUUGUCAAGUAUCCAAAGGUAAAUCACAUGACCAUGGGGAUGCUGCAAUGGUCAUAAGUGUGAAAAAUGCUCAUAAGUCACUAUUUUCAUUGUAACUUUGAAUGGUCACUAAGCGAACUGUUGUAAGUUAAGGACUACCAGUAUUUGAAUUCUGGCCUAAUGCUUUUAAGUGAACACAUCUCGGAAUAAGACAGGUAGAUGGAGAGAAAAAAAUGGAAAAUCUUAGUUUGAAAAACGCUCACUACCAACUUCUGAUUAUCAGCAAAAAAAUUCUCGAUAUUUCCUUUUGCAGAAGUACUGGUGUCCUCCAGCUUUUGAGCACCAGAAUUCCCCAGCCGCCAUACAGGUAGUCAUUGAUGCACAAUUCUAAUGGGGCCUGCCAAUUAGUUGUCUGUUGUAUUAAGUGAGACUGCUUCGCUUAACUAAUCUCUCCCUGAGGCAGCCAUUAAAUGUGCAAGUCGUUAAGUGGAACAGUGGCUACCUCAGUAUUGGGGAAAGCUCUUGAGUCCAAACGUGGCCCAGGCUUCCCUUCCCUAGGCCUCCCUGAGGCACCCAGUGCUCUGCUACCCAACUCUUGUGUUCCCCCAAGCCUUUCCCUCCUCCACAGAUCCCACCCAACCUUUCUCCCCCCAGGCCUUUCCCCACUCCCACUGGAGCCCUGAAGCCCUUAGGCCAAAUUCCCACCCCACCAGGCUUCACGCCCUAAACCUCCUUAUCUUUUGAAGGUUUCUGAUCUCACCUUGCGAAAGGAGGGUAGACCAAACAUUCCUGGGCUACAUGACUGUAUCCUGAGAGCAGUCAUCAUUUUCAGUGUGCCCAGGAUUCACCAAUGGGCCAAACGAGCAAUGUACUCGUGGAAGCAACUGCCAUUUUGCCACAACUGCCUCAGGGCCAAAAUGGUGGCUGCUUUUGAGUCACUUUUGUGUGGGAGAGGGAGAAACUGCUCUGUUUUGCUACCUUAACACUCUGAAGACCAUCUUAAGGAGUUGUGGUGCUCUUAAAAUGAGGGCUGACUCUGGGAUAUCUCCAAAAACUAAGUGUAUGAUGGGUGUGCGGGGGAGUUGGCCCAAAGCCCAGUGAAAAAAAGCAGUGUAAAAUUUCACAUGUAAAGCCUGUUCUGCCUUGCAGGUGAACCUGUUGAAGAGCUGUAGGAAUAUUGAGUUAAGGAGAAAAGGUAUCCUGGGUUUGAUCACAGGAUCUCCAGGUUUAUUAGCAACUCCUGAUGUGAUCUCGCGUUUUUGGAGGCGCCUUAUUACCAUUUGAUUGCUGCUGGGUGACAGCAGGACCAAGUUGCUGAAAAAAUUGUUGCAUCCCCCUUGGUAGCAAUGUGAGAAAAAAAAUUGAUCAGUGAAAAAUGUUUCAUUUUUUAAAAUGCAUUGUGUAUGAACUAUCAUUAGCUUUUGAGAAGGAAAAAGUGGAUGGUGUUGCUAUGAACAUUUGGGCAAGGCAAAAUGCUCAGUCCCCUCAAACUGUGAGAUGUGCAGUGAAUAAGUUUAAUAAUAAAAUUAAUAAUAAAAAGAUAACGUAAAGCCCUUUUCUGAACUCUUGCUCAGUGGUGAAGUCGCCACAUAUACGCUGGGUUUCUAGCACACUACAAUUGUUAAGCUAUCUGUAUGUAAUCUGUCCCUUGUGCAUUCUGCAUCUCUAUAACCAAUCUGUCUUCUUCAGUUUCCCCUUCCCUCAUUAAAAAUUUAAAAUUUCAGUUUC